CAAGUCGUGGAACUACAAACAAUACAAUAUAUUAAAGCAAAACAAAUAUUAAGAAAUAAUUCGAAACAAUUAAGUGUAUUUAUCUAAGAACAAUAAUAAAAGUUAACGCAAAUAUCAAAAUGAAAGCCUAUGACUGGAAAUAUCUCUUGAUAACGUUGUUGCUAGUGUUUGCUGAUCAAUGGAUUUCCGCUAGGAGUAUCAAAGUAAACAUGCUAUUCGGAUCUACUGCACUGUUUGAUUCAACCUUUUGUGAACACCUGCCGACUGGCUAUUAUGAAUACCCCUAUGAUUGUGCUGCCUAUAUUUCAUGUACGGAUUCACGGGCAGAGUUAGAAUACUGCGCUACGGGUAAACUCUUCAAUAAAGAUCUGCAGAUAUGUGACACUCCCGAUGCAGUUGAUUGUACCGAAUUACCACAACCGACAACAACUCCAUCCGAUGAGUGCAUGGGUGUUGCUAACGGAAUUUUGAUGCCCUCUGUUGAGCACUGCGACGAGUUUAUCGUGUGCAUCAAUCAGCAAGCUGUGAUCCAUAAGUGUCCCGAGCCCUAUCUUUUCAAUCCGGCUUUGCACGUAUGUGACGAUCCGAACGAGGUUGUGUGCUAUGACGGACAGAGUACGGCUAGGACAACCACGGAAGCACCAAAGCCAACUACGGAAGCACCGAAGCCAACUACGGAAGCACACAACGAAUGUCAAGGCCAAGAAGUUGGCACCUCAUUUCCAUAUGUUGAGGACUGUCAAGAGUAUAUUCUAUGCCUGGGUGAUGAUCAGUCUGUUAAGGCCAAAUGUCCAGUAAGUUCUUGGUACGAUCCAAAGACCGGCAAUUGUGGACCUGAUGUGCCGCCAACAGCUUGUCAGGAAGUUGAAACAACAAGCACAACUUCAAGCACAACUCUAAGUCCAAACGAACUCUGUGCAGAUCAAGAGCUUGGCAUCUCCUAUCCCUUAGUUACCAACUGUAAGCAGUAUAUUGUGUGCUUGGGCAACGGAGAGUCUGCCAUAGUUGACUGCAUUUACAAUUCUUGGUAUAAUCCUGCGACGGGCGACUGUGGACAGGAUGUCUCACCCACAGCGUGUCAGGAAGGCUCCAUACCUACAACCACAACAGCACCGACUACUCCAGCUACUCCAGCUACAACGCAAACACCCACAACCCAAACGCCAACAACAGAUGAACCAAUAUCUGAAAUAUGUACUGGACUACUGCACGGGCAGUAUGUGAGCUAUCCCGACAACUGUAGUAAGUAUGUCGUGUGCUCGGAGCCAGUGCCUAUAGCAUUUUACUGCACUCACGGAUAUUACUUCAGCGAGGCUCAGCAGCAGUGUGUGGACUGGGACGAGAGCGACUGCAAAACAACGGGGAGCACCGUGUUGCCUCCGUCACCGACGCCUGCCCCUGGCAUCUGCAUGAACAACAAAGGCAGCACAUUUCCAUAUCCCGAAAACUGUCAAUGGUAUUUCCGUUGUGUUAACGACAAUGUCUACAUGAUGGCUGUUUGCAUAAGCGGCGAGUUCUACGAUCCCAACAGCGGCGAGUGUGGUGCCAACGUAUCGCCCGAUGCUUGUCAAGAAAAUUACUCGACUGAUUUGAGUACAACUACUACAGAAAUGACAACAGUCUCUACCACCAUAAGCACAACCGAUUUGACUACAACUACUACACAAAUAACAACAAUUUCUACUACAACUGCACCGCAGUCUGACCCUUGUGAGGGCGUGGCGGUGGGCGAACUGGUACCCUAUCCAAACGACUGUACCAAGUUCAUUCAGUGCAAUAGCCCCAACCCUGUGGUAUACGAUUGUGUCCAAGGUCAAGAAUUCAGUGCUCUACUUAAACGCUGCAUGGCACCCUGGUAUGCAAACUGUACGAUAACACCGACAACUGAAGCCCCUUUGACAUCAACAACUGAGCUACCUGACAUCAAGACAACAGAGGCCAAUCCAUCCCCCCAUGAUUUCUGUGAAGGUAAAACUGACGGCUCACUUGUGCCUUAUCCGAACAACUGCUCAAAAUAUAUUGUGUGCCAAGAGCCCAUCGCAGUGGGCUAUGCCUGCCCAGAUGAAGAGGAGUUCAGUCCGACAGAAUUGCGCUGCAUGGAUGCCCAGCUCGCCAAUUGCAGUCCACAGGCAUUGCAAACUAUUCUGACUGAAGACAGUCAACUUUAAUAUCUAGUAAGACAUAAAAAGGAAAUAUGCCUUGGCAGUAAAAGGAUUUAGUUCGCAAACGAAGGUGUUCAAUUCCUAUCAAAUAAAUAG